GGUCAGUAAAGUACAGGACGAGGAGAUGACGACCAGAUUGUACCGGAGGUGAUGUUAGUGCUGCUGUUGGGCCACUAGAGGGAGCUAUCGGCUAAAUUCAUAACCUCCUCCAGCAUUCUGUCAGAGAUCGUCAUAUUCAGAGGGAGGUCAGAGGUCAGGCAGGGAAGUGACUUGGCAGAGAAACAGAUUCUUCCGGUAGACUUUCACCUCGGUUUGCGGGGGCGAGUAAACCAAACGCUCCUGUUUCAGUGACGGGAGCUUCCCGGUCGGAUGCCUCAGCCUCAUCACGAUCUUCCUCCCUCCUCUUCCUCCUCUUCCUCAUCACGUCCGAGCAGCCUCAGCCUCAGGCUGCCCACCCCGAGGGAGGUGAGCACAUUUGGGGCGAGAGAGAUCGACAGACACAAGGAGAGAGAGAGAGAGAAAAGGCUGCCGUCACUGGAGGUGCUACUGCUGUCACUGAAUAGACUGGCCUCACUGUUCUCUGCACAAUGACUCAAUGAAAAGUGGAGGGGAGAGGCGAGCGCACUGUACGGCUGCAGGAGAGAGAGAGAGACGGAGCGGAGAACACACGCUGGAGAGUGGAGGAAGAGGAAGAAGAAGAGGACGGAGCUCUGAAGCUGAGGACAAGAGAAAGAGGAGGAUAGAGUUUGUCUCUCCCCCUCCUCCUCCUCCUCCUCUCUGUCUUUGAAAGGCCACUCUGGGAUCAAGUGGCAGCCGCUCAGUCUCAGUCUCAGCUCCACCUGGAUGAGCUGCUGCAGCUCGUCUCAGCCUCUUGACACGUCUCUGUCCACUUCUUCUCCUCCUGCUGAAGGAGCGACAUCACCGGUGGUGGUCACUCGGUCCGAGGCGAAGGAUCUGCGCCGCAGGAUAUUUAGCAGGAUGCCUGGCGCGAGAGGAGGAGGCUGUGGGACGGCAGCCGGGGCCCCGGGCCGGGCUCUCGGGUCCGGGCUGCGGGUGGCGCUGCCGUGGGGCGUCGCGGUGCUGCUGCUGCUGCUGGUGGCUGGUGCGCGUGCGGAGGCGUGUCCCGCUCCGUGCAGCUGCCUGGGGAACACGGUGGACUGUCACGGCCUGGGGAUCCACGCCGUGCCCAGGAACAUCCCCCGAGGCACCGAGAGGCUCGAUCUGAACGGGAACAACCUGACGCUCGUCGCCAAGUCGGACUUCUCUGGUCUCAAACACCUCCGAGUCCUUCACCUGAUGGAGAACCAGAUCGGUAACGUCGAGCGGGGAGCGUUUGAUGAGCUGAGGGAGCUGGAGAGACUUCGUCUCAACAAGAACCAUCUCAUCCAACUUCCAGAGCUGCUGUUUCAGAAGAACGAAGCUCUGUCUCGACUGGACCUGAGUGAAAACGGCAUCCAGGCCAUCCCGAGGAGAGCGUUCAGAGGAGCCACGGACCUCAAGAACCUUCAACUGGAUAAAAACCACAUCAGCUGUAUCGAGGAGGGGGCGUUCCGAGCUCUGCGAUCCCUGGAAGUCCUCACGCUGAACAACAACAACAUCAGCAGUAUUCCAGUCUCCAGUUUCAACCACAUGCCGAAGCUGCGCACCUUCCGUCUCCACUCCAACUCCCUGCGCUGCGACUGUCACCUGGCCUGGUUGUCUCCGUGGCUGCGGCAGCGUCCGGCGUUGGGCCUCUACACGCAGUGCAGCUCCCCUCCCACGCUCAGGGGCCUCAACCUCGCCGAGCUGCGCAAGAAUGACUUUGCCUGCUCAGGCCACGGCGGCAGUGCCUUCGUGCAGCCGUGCAGCCUGGCGUCCGGCUCCUGUCCGCCCAUGUGCUCCUGCAGCAACAACAUCGUGGACUGUCGGGGGAGGGGCCUCACCGCCAUCCCCGCCCACCUGCCCGAGGCCAUGACGGAGAUUCGUCUGGAGCAGAACGGCAUCAAGUCGGUUCCUCCGGGCGCCUUCACCUCCUACAAGAAGCUGCGACGAAUAGACCUGAGUAACAACCAGAUAUCCGAGAUCGCUCCAGAUGCUUUCCACGGCCUCAAAGCUCUCAACUCGCUGGUUCUGUACGGUAACAAGAUCACGGAGCUGCCCGGCGGCGUGUUCGAUGGCCUCGCCUCGCUGGAGCUGCUGCUGCUGAAUGCCAAUAAGAUCCACUGCAUCAGGGCCACGGUGUUUAAAGACCUGGAGAACAUGGCUCUUCUGUCGCUGUACGACAACAAGAUCCAGAGUUUGGCCAAAGGAACCUUCAGCUCCCUGCACAGCAUCCAGACACUCCACCUGGCCCAGAACCCCUUCGUGUGCGACUGUAAUGUGAAGUGGCUGGCCGACUUCCUGCGCUCCAACCCCAUAGAGACCAGCGGCGCCCGCUGCGCCAGCCCUCGCCGCCUCGCCAACAAACGCAUCGCACAGAUCAAGAGCAACAAGUUCCGAUGCUCCGCCAAAGAGCAGUACCACAUCCCAGGCACCGAGGACAGACGUCAGAGCUACGAGUGUAACAGUAAGCCAGUGUGUCCCGCCAAAUGUCGCUGUGAGGCCAAUGUGGUCGACUGCUCCAACCUUCGCCUCACCAAGUUCCCAGAACACCUGCCCUCCUCCACCGAAGAGCUGCGUCUCAACAACAACGACCUCUCCGUGCUGGAGGCCACUGGCGCCUUCAAGGGCCUGUCGCAGCUCAAGAAAAUUAACCUGAGCAACAACAAGAUCUCGGACAUCGAGGACGGAGCGUUCGACGGCGCCUCCUCCGUGGUGGAGCUCCACCUCACAGCCAAUCACCUGGAGUCCGUCCGAGGGAGCAUGCUCAAAGGCAUGGAGGGCCUGCGCAUGCUGAUGCUGAGGAACAACCGCAUCAGCUGCAUCCACAACGGCAGCUUCAGCGGUUUGACCAACGUCAGGCUCCUCUCGCUCUACGACAACCAGCUGAGCACCAUCCUGCCCGGGGCCUUCGACACCCUGCCCAACCUGUCCACGCUGAACCUCCUGGCCAAUCCUUUCAACUGCGACUGCCGUCUGUCCUGGUUCGGGGCCUGGCUGCGGAGCAGGCGAAUCGUGACGGGGAACCCUCGCUGCCAGGGCCCCGCCUUCCUCCGCGAGAUCCCGCUGCAGGACGUGGCUGUGCCCGACUUCCGCUGCGAGGACGGCUCUGUGCUGGACGACAGCCGCUGUGCUCCGGGGCCUCAGUGUCCGAACCAGUGCACCUGCAUGGACACGGUGGUCCGCUGCAGCAACAAGCACCUGCAGGGGCUGCCCAGGGGGCUUCCCCGCAACGUCACCGAGCUGUAUCUGGAUGGAAACCAGUUCACCAGCGUUCCCAAAGACUUGGCCUCCUUCAAGUACCUGCAGCUCGUAGACCUGAGCAACAAUAAGAUCAGCUCGUUGUCCGACGACUCCUUCUCCAACAUGAGCCAGCUCACCACGCUGAUCCUCAGCUACAACUCGCUGCGCUGUAUCCCUCCGCUGGCGCUGGGCGGCCUGCGCUCUCUGAGGCUGCUCUCUCUCCAUGGCAACGACAUCUCCGAGCUGCAGCAGGGCAUCUUCAGCGACGUGGCCUCGCUAUCUCACCUAGCGAUCGGAGCGAACCCUCUGUACUGUGACUGCCGUCUGCUCUGGCUGUCCGACUGGGUGAAGAGCGGCUACAAGGAGCCCGGCAUCGCCCGCUGCGCCGGCCCCCGCGGCAUGGAGGGCAAGCUGCUGCUCACCACGCCCGCCGACAAGUUCCAGUGUCUGGGUCCUGUGGAGGCGUCUGUGAAGGCCAAAUGUAGUCCGUGUGUGUCGUCCCCCUGCCUGAACCAGGGCGUCUGCCAAGUCCACGACACGCUGCCGUACACCUGCACCUGCAAGGCUGGAUUCACGGGUAAACACUGUGAGACACCGAUCGACGCGUGUUUCAGUAAUCCCUGCACCAACGGAGGAACCUGCCUGAGCGACGAGCAGACCAGAGGCUUCAGCUGUGCGUGUGCAUUCGGUUUCCACGGGACUUUCUGCGACGUGAACGUGGACGACUGUCAGGACCACGGGUGCGAGAACGGCGCCACCUGUGUGGACGGCGUCGGGAACUACACCUGCUUGUGUUCUCCGAAUUACACAGGUCUGUUUUGUGAAGAAGAGGAGGGGCCGUGUUCUCCAGGUAGAAACCCCUGUCAGCAUCAGUCUACCUGCGUCAGCACUCCGACGGGCCCCAGGUGUGUGUGUAUCCCAGGCUGGGUGGGGCCGGACUGCGGCAUAGAUUAUGACGAGUGUGUGGAUCACCGCUGUCAGAACGGAGCUCAGUGCGUCGACCAUCUGGACGGUUACAGCUGCGUCUGUGCACAGGGAUACAGUGGACCGCUCUGCGAGGUGGCCCUCGUCGCCGCUCCCCCGUCGCCCUGCCAGCUGGCUCGGUGUCAGAACGGCGCCGCCUGCGCGGAGAAGACGGGCGGCGGCGCAGCGUGUCAGUGUCUGCCGGGCUUCGAGGGUCCGCGCUGCGAAAAGCUGGUGAGCGUCAACUUCGUCGACAGAGAUUCGUACGUUGAGCUGCAGGACGUCAAGAACUGGCCCCAGGCCAACAUCACGCUGCAGGUGUCAACAGCAGAGGACAACGGGAUCCUGCUGUACAACGGAGACGACGAGCCAAUCGCUGUGGAGCUCCACCAGGGUCACGUCAGGGUCACCUACGAUCCCGGGAACCAGCCUGCCACCGCUAUUUACAGCACGGAGACAGUGAAUGACGGGAGCUUCCACACGGUGGAGCUGGUGACCUUUAACCGGAUGGUGAACCUGUCCGUGGACGGGGGCGAGCCCACGACUCUGGACAGUCAGGGCCGGAGCCAGCUGGCGACGGGGGAGGCCCCCCUGUACGUGGGAGGAAUGCCGGAGGAGGUGAUGCCCGGCUCCCUGGGCCGUCUCUCCUCGCAGACCCUCAACGCGUCCAGUUUCCACGGCUGCAUCCGGAAUCUCUACAUCAACCACGAGCUGCAGGAUUUCACCCGCAGCCACAUGAAGCCCGGCGUGGUGCCGGGCUGCCAGGCCUGCCGCAAGCUCUACUGCCUGCACGGCAUCUGCCAACCCGACGCCGCGCAGGGCCCUCAGUGUCACUGUCAGCUGGGUUGGACAGGACAACACUGCGACCAGCCAAUAGCAGGAGGCCUCAGUGCAGUGGACGCUGUCACCACGGCAACCGGCGUCAGCCCGUGUCAAGGCAGCAAGUGCGUGAAUGGCGCGUGCGUGGCGCUGGACGCGCAGACGUACCGCUGCGAGUGCGCGGAGGGGUACCGCGGUGCGCUGUGCAACCUGCAGGGGGAGCCGGCGGCGGCGUGCCAGGGUCUGCAGUGUCUGCACGGCCAGUGUGAGCAGACGGAGGAAGGGGAGAGCUGCGUCUGCGAGCGGGGAUACACGGGAGCCGGCUGCGACAUCGAGUCUCCGUGUCGAGGCGAGCAGGUGAGAGAUUACCACCGGCUGCAGCGCGGCGCCGUCCUCUGCCAGACGUCCAAGACCUUCUCCUGGGUGGAGUGUCGCGGCCGCUGCCAGGCGGGAGCUGGGCCGCCGGGCGGCGGCGCCCCCUGCUGCGCCCCCCUGAGGGUGCGACGGCGGCGGCUCGCCUUCGAGUGCGACGACGGCACCUCGUUUGCGCAGGACGUGGAGAAGCCCGUGGAGUGCGGCUGCAAGGAGUCCUCCGUCUGCCUUCACCUGUGUGUGCUUCUGCUCGGCGGCGACUCGUCGCAGGAAAACAAAGGUACUAAUCUGAGCGAGUCGAAAAGGUUCCACCGUUACAUUUUGACAUAUUUUUAAAAAGACGGAGCUCGUCGUCCGUCAGACUUCACCUGCAGGUGUUUCUGAACUAUUAACUCCAACAGGCUCAUUUCGCCGGUGACAGUUUGUUCUCCACGUCGAGGCUGAAGCAGUUUGAGCAGCGACAGGUUACGUUCAGGUGCAGCAGCAGCUGACCUCGCAGUGAUCGGAGUCAACGCCGGCUGACAGCGGGCGAGAGGCCAGAGGUCAGAGGUCACCGCCCUGCACACGUCCCAAAUAACCAGGAAGGUGAAAUCCUCAGUCCGUCAUCAGCCUUGUUUCAUGAAAUGAGCAGAAACGCAGCAGCCCGUGUCUUGCGGACACAAAAUGAACGGUAUUUCUAACGUACGGCACCGACAGUCGACGACCUCAUCACAGAGGAAACACUGUAGGAAUAAUCAAUAAGCUAAACUGGAAACUUCAAACACAAAUAUGAAUCCGGGCUCAACGUCUUGUUAAUGAGGAUGGUUUUAUUCUGUUUUCCUAAUAUUUACAAAGGAAACCAUUUCCUGGUGACGGCAGCGUUAAAAUUGAUGAAUCAAAUGUAGUGGUUUAAAGUUAUCUGAAAGCAUAUAUAUAUGUAUUAUAUGAAAGUUGUGACAAAAACACUUCAAUUGAAAUUGGAACGGAUUGAAAAUUAUUCAGUUUUUGCACAGAUUUUUGCAGUGUUUUGCAAAUUAAAGAAAGUUUUCUCUGUCCUUAACUUUUUUAUUCAAUUAAUUCAAAAUAUUCCUCAAAUGUAACGUAACGGAAAUAAUUGUAAAUUCUCGGCUGUUGCCGCUGAGUCUACGUUUAAAGGGAAGAUUCUCAUUUUCAUAACAUUUUUACGAGACCGGACUGGAACAAGAAAUCAUCUUAAUUAGAUUCAUCCUUAAUAAGCUGCUAACUUAAUAAACCUACUUUCUGUACCAGACAGACUCAGUGUGGACGAGCACGCGAACAAAGAUGGAGUCCGUUAAUGUCUGCGCGUCAGCGCCACCUGCUGUUUGUUCACAGAGUCGCUUAACAAACACUACAUUUGAUUAUAUGCGUAAAUUAAAGAAUGCCGUCUUGUUCCACUUCCUCUGUGGUUACGUGGACACAGCCCAAAGGUCAAAGGUGACAGAGUUCACGGGCGGCAGCGGAGGGGGUCGUGACACAUCACCAGACGAGGGGUGUGUCUGUGUGUGUGUGUGUGUGUGUGUGUGUGUGAGGGGACGUGUGUGUGUGAGUGUGUGUCAUUGUCAGACUCCUCGAACAACACGACGGCGCUCCGCGAUAAUGAGCUUCAUUAUCCCACGACAGCGCUUUUGUUGUUGCUGCUCCGAUCAAACGCUUCCCUCUCCCGACCGCCAGUGAACGCAUCGCGGAAAACGUCGCUUUUAUAUAUAUGAAGGAGAAGACAUGUAAUUUAUAUGGAUGUGGAACUAAAAAUAAAACCUGUGUAAUGAGUUUUAACAUGUUUUUUAUUUGUUUUGAGUAAUUUUUCUUUUCAUGAAUCUGAAUUGAACUAAUGUAGCUUUUAUUAAUAAUAAUGUUAUUAUUACAACUAUAACUGCAAUACGUCUAUACACACACACAGUAGCAGCCUAACAGAUUGUAAUAUAUUAUAAUGCAUUUGAUUUUGUCAUAGUAUUUUUAUAUAUGUUGAAGAUGAUGUCGUCUCUGUCGACUGUAGAUAAAUCUCUUGUUUUCAGUUUCCCCCGAAAAGAAAGAAAGAAAAAAAAGUUUCCAAACCGACGGCGCAUCGUUCGCGGGGAUUUUUUUUUACAGAAAAUAAAUAAAUGAAAUAGUGAUUCGGGUUUUCGUGUUGUUUCACCGGAGCGGAGACGACGAGAAAGACGCUUCUUGUUCCUAUUUAUUUAAAAUAAAGAGCUGUUUCUCCCUCA